AUGACUUCUUCCCGUUGGGACGUUUUGAAGAAGUAUCUGCCUAACCUGUCGCUGAAGCCACUGAACGAAGCUAGGUGGGAAAGUCGCACCGAUACACUUACUCCCCAGAAGUUUCAAAUUGAAGGCGUUUAUGAUGUACUCGUUCAGAUAUCAGAAGAAUUCGAUGCCAUGACCGCUCACAAAGCAACGUCACUUGCAAAUCAAAUAAAAAAUUACACCUUUCUCACUUCUCUGGUAACCUGGUGUGAUGUUAUGCUUCACACCAGUGUAGUCAGUAAGACCAUCCAGACCAUUGACAUAAAUGUUUCUGAAGCCGUAGAAAUGACUGAAAAACAAAAGAGUAUUUGGAGACCUGCAAAACAGAAGAAAAGUUUGUGUCUUCCCUUGACGGAUUCCAAAGAAUUGGCUACAGAGUUAGAGCUAGAAUAUCUAACGUUACCACUUAUAAGUGUUUCCCAGCGACGAAGUAAGAAGCCAAUACACUUUACCUAUGAAGGGAGGGGUGAGACAAUAGAUGACCCAGCAAAAUGUUACAAGAUUGAAUUCUACUAUAUCUUUUAG